AUGUCGGACGCGGAGGACUCGACGGCGACGGCGGCCGCCAAGGGCGACAAGAAGCGCAGCUUCACGGUGGAGGAGAAGCUGAAGGUGGUGGCGGCCUCCAAGAGCAUGUCUCUGCGCGCGGUGGCGCGGCAGUUCGGCGUGGACCGCAACUGCGUGCGCGCGUGGCGCGACAAGGAGGCGGAGCUGCUAGCCAUGCACCCGGGCGCCAAGCGACUGCCAGGCGCCGGACGCCGCCCCACCACGGCGCCAGUCUUAGCUGCGACAGGCAGCAAGAGAGAUGCAGCCGAGGAAGGAGCGGCCAGCGGACAGAAGAGGAUCAAGACGGAGGCGGAGCAGAAGACGGAGGAGAACGAGGAGGUCCACGACGCCGCCCCAGCCUCGCUGGCCGACAACUUCGUGCUGGUGGGCUUCCAGGGCAAGGAGGGCGCGUUCUCGGAGGUGGCGGCCAAGGCCGCGUUCGAGGAGCUGCGCGCCGCCAAAGUUCUGAGUCCGAACGAGUUCAUGACCGUCGGACUGUCGCACAUGACGGACGUGGUGGAGGCGGUGGAGCGCGGAGAGCUGCAGUUCGGCGUGCUGCCGGUGGAGAACUCCAUCUCGGGCACAUUCCACGGGAAUUUGGACCGACUGGUGGCUUCGCACCUCAAGAUCGUGGGCGAGGUGGCGUGUGUGCAGGAGUUGUGUCUCUGCGUGCUGCCCGGAGUGGCGAUCAGCGAGAUCAAGCAGUUGUCGUCACACCCGGCGGUGCUGGACCACUGCGAGAGCUAUAUCUGCGCUAUGGAGCGCAAGACCGGCACCAUUAUCGAGCGCAACGCGGCGUGGGACAGUGCGGGGGCGUGUCAGACUGUCAAGCAGGAAGAUAAGCGCCACGUGGCGGCUAUUGCAAGUGAGCAGGCAGCGCACGCUCACGGACUCGUUGUACUGGAGCGUGGGGUUGGUGAUGAGCUCAACAGCGAAACACGCUACAUGAUCCUCGGACGCCUUGAUGCGUCUCCACUGCCACUGGGCACUGCUCCAGCAACCAGUAUCAUGAGUACCCGCCCGCCCACCACCACCAAGUCCAGUAUUGUCAUAGCAGUACCCAACGAACCUCAAGCGUUGUUCAAGAUCGUCUCGGCUUUUGCGUUGCGCAAUGUCAUGAUCGUCAAGAUCGAGAGUCGACCAGCAGCUACUGCUGGCAGCCUCUUCACCGCCCAGACCACGCACUGGGACUACAUUUUCUACAUCGACUACAUUACAAGCCAUGACCCGACUCAGGAAGCAAGGCUGCGCGGCAAUUUAGAGGAGUUCGCGCUCUGGGUUAAGGAUCUCGGCACCUACUCAAGCAUCGAAGCCUCGUGCUACUCCGUGGAGCUCGUCAAGGGCACGUAUGGUCUCGGCAUCUACUUCGCAGCCGCAGCAGACGCCACCCAUGCGAUCGUGGACACGCGCGUGCCGUUCUACCGCCUCCCGUCGGGGGCUCUCGCGCCUGGAGAGGCCAGCGGGGCAAUUGCCCCCGGGGACUUGCUGCUGUCUGUGAACGACAGCGACGUGUCGACUCUGCGCUUCCCACAGAUCGUGGAGCAGCUUCGCCAGGUGCCCAGAGGCCCCGUGACGUUGGUUUUCCAGCGCCCGCCAAGCAAGCAGCUCGAGGCGUCGCCGGAGACACAAGUGGAGGCUCCAGAGGAGAACCAGCAGGGCGAGCUCAAGACACAGCACGAGCAGGCUGCAGAGCCAGAGGAGAAGGGGAAGCCCAAGGGCUGGACGAUGUUCCAGCGACUGGGCGCUAGUGCGGCAGCUGCAAACUCGACGUCGGCGUCGAGUGAUACGGCGGCGAUGCAGGAGCUGGAGGGGAAGCUGCGCGAGAUGGAGGAAACGCUCGCUCGAGAGCAAAAGUGCCGCUUCCUAGCCGAGCGAAAGAAUGUUUUGUACCGAAAUGAACUGCUUCGUGUGAGCCAAGAAAAUGCGGCGCUGAGAGAUCAGCUGGGAAAACUCAAGCUCACGCAGCAGCGCAGAGACAACUUUGUCACUGAAUCGUUGCAUCUCGCAAUAUAA